ACAUAAUAUUAUAGUAAAGAUAAUAGUGCGUUAACGAGACUUCGCUGAAUCUUUUUGAUGAUCGACGAAUCCCACGGGGUUAGUUUUCGCUCCAGCUUCCAGCCACAAUCAUUGCUUCUUCGUCGUCGCUGUCUGACCCCUUCGAGCUUAUUUGCAAAGCGCCCUACCAGGGAAGAGAAACCGAUGAUCAUCUUGGGAGGGCGGCUCAGCAACACCCAAAAACAGUCGGCCGAUCAUCGAGACUGACGCUGGGCAACACCGCCUGACGUUGUGGCAGGCACAGCACCUCUGCCGUUUGGAUUUGGUGAACCGACGGGAAGAUGAGGCCAGGAUAAUGUUGACUCGGUCACCUGUCCCGCCAAGCCCAGCCAAUUCGUCUCCCAGGGGCUCCCAUCACUCAUUCCACUAUGCUUCUGCUGCCAGUCACCACCAGUCUCCAUCCCGGAUCUCGGUCCUUUUGCCUCGGCGCCAGUCCUCGUCCUCAGCGUCGGGUGGUGCUAUGCCAUCAUCGCCAGCCUACCCACGGCCGAAAAGAUAUGUCGGAGUAGACGCCGCCACACAAUACUCGCCCAUGGAACCCGACAGCCCCGCGGGCGCAAACCUAGCCUCUCCGCUACCGCCCGAGUCGCAACUUGCGCCACCUCAGACUCUAGGGACGAUGCCCGUGACCCAGCCUGACGAAGAGCCCUUGCGCUCGCAGCAAGCGGAUGCGAUGCCAUCGUCCUCGAAACAGUCGUACCAACCCGAGCCGUCAAACACAGCGUCCCCUAUCAAGAGGAGGAAUUCCCAGGGCCCCGGCGGCGGUAGCGCGGUCUCGGCAACCGCCUCUAUAACCCCCUCGGUACUCGCUAAGCGUGUCAAGCCCGACACAGCACCUCCCAAGGUGCUACCUGAGAAAUACGAGCUCUGUCCCGUCGAGGACAUAGUGGUCUUGAUCGCCAACAUGCUAGGGGAGCUAAUCGAAACAAACGAUGCCUUGGCACUGAAGUCUGGUCAUUUGACCAGGUUCCAUUCUCGAACUGCGCCGGGGAUAUCUGUCUUGGAUUAUCUGCAUCGACUGGCGAAACACGCCACUCUGACCCCUCCGCUUCUUCUUUCAAUGGUCUACUAUAUAGACCGUCUCUGUGUGUCCUACCCCGACUUUACGAUUAACACACUCACCGUCCAUCGUUUCCUCAUAACCUCUGCCACCGUGGCUGCGAAGGGGCUAUCGGAUUCGUUCUGGAACAACUCGACGUACGCGAGGGUAGGCGGCGUGAGGCUGGCCGAGCUCAAACUCUUGGAACUAGAGUUCCUAUACCGGGUUGACUGGAAGAUAGUUCCGAAUCCCGAAGUGUUGGUCGCAUACUACCGCGGCCUGGUUGAGCGUUGUCCUGGCUAUGUCCUGCUCGACGAAGAGGGGGCGGGCGAGGACGAGGGUGACAGCGACGAUAUCGGGGACGACAACAGCGACGAAAUAGGAGAAGGAGAUGAUCAAGCAGACGAAACCGCAAAGGACAGCCAGGGCUGUGCCGCAUACUCUACGGCUACAAUGGAGCAGGGCGGCUCGAGAAUCAUGACACUGAAGCAAGCCAUGGACCUCUGGUGGUACUGGCACAUCGGGCUUUGCCCUGGGGACUUCGGAGACGAGCGGAGACGAGCGAGCGAGGAUGACCAAUCUAGAGACCCCUAUCUUCUGGGGCGGCGCUGCAGUUUUGAGACCAUCUCGACGGUAACAAGCUGCUAA